AUGCCUCAGUGGCACCUUGCCAGGGUGGCCCGUGACCGGUCCCCUGUCCCUCGGCAGCUUCACAGUCUGGGGGGAGCUGCAGAAGCCGCUCUGGUUCCCGGCUGCCCGGUCCCGGCACGGGCAGGCAGCAUGUACGCCAGGGGACAUUCCUGUCCCCGGGUCACCUCCGGUACCCACCCCAUAAAGCUGGCUGGGAAACAACCGGUUAGAAAUCGCAUCGGAGAGCUCCGGCUCGGUAGCAAGGAGGUCCUGGAGCGGGGAGGGAUCAGGGACCCGCUGCCCAACGGCCAAACUAACCAGGGCGGCCGCACCGGCUUGCCCGAAGCCUUCCUAGCGCGGUGUCCCCACGUCUGCCCGCCCGCUCACAGCAAGCAUCACGGCUCCCGCCCGGUGUGCGACACUGAACGGACGGCCGCCCGUGAUGCCGUGCGGAUCACGGCGCGCCCCGGCGGCGGCGGCAGCGGCCCGAGAGCCCGCGGCCACGGGGGAGGAGCGGCGGCCGGGGCGCGGCGGGGCGGGGCGGGCGCGGGGCCGCGCUGCAGGUCCCGCACUACAGGUCCCGGCGCUCCCCACGGCGGGGCGGGCUCGGCGCGGCGGAAGCGGCGGCGCGGCGCGGAGCGACGGGGGACCCGGCGCGGCCACGGGCAGGGUGGCACCAUGCAGCAGGAGGUGGAGGGCGGCCGGGUGCGCCGCAGGAAGCCCGACAUGGCGCUCUACGUGCCCAAAGCGCGGCGGGAGAGAGAGGCACAAGCAGCAGGUGACACACGGGGGGCCGGGCACCGCCGGGAGCCCGAGAACCACCGCCUGCUGCAGGAGCCUGCCUGGGCCGGUGGCGAGGGGCAGAGGCGAAGCCCCCGAGCCAGAACACAGGCAGGCAGAGCAGCAAGGAGGGAGAACAAGGUGGAUGCCGGCCCAAAGGAGCUGCGGACAGCCUCUGCCAGACACAGCCAUAGGACGAGAGGCAGCUGCCCUAUUGCACUGGAAAGCCUGGAGGCAUCAUCCAGCGUGUGUGAGCCAUGCCCAGACCCAGCUGUUGCUCAGCACUGGGACAGGCAGGACAAAGCAUCUCACGAAGAACCUGGAGAGCUCAGCCACAAUGACAGGGUGAUAAGGACUGAGCCUGACCCUCCAUCCACACAGAAUGCCCAGGCUGGGGCUAAGAAGGCUACCCCUGAGCCUGUGGAUGACCCCACUAGCCCAACACCCACUGCUAGCCCAGCACUGGUUUGUCAGACAGGCCUGAGUGGCAUGCUGGAGCACUUGGGGGACAGCACCCUAGAUCCAGCUGGGGACCUCUCCCAAAGCCUGGGAGAGGCUGUCCUGCAGUCAGCAGGGAUGGGCAGCCAUGGCAGGGUGCCCCAGUUGGUGGGGGAGACAGUGGGUCCGAAAGCCUGGGAGGAGGAAAGGGAGGGGGAGAGGGAGGAGGAGAGGUCUCUACUGGCAGAGCAGAGUGAGGGUUGUGCCACUGGGGUGCCAGAGGAAGAGGAGACGUGGGGAGGCAGAGCUGAGGUUGCUGGGGAGAGCACCUUGUAUGCACCAGGAGCCAGCUGUGAACCUGUGAUCCUGAGGGACGGCAUGGGUGACGUUCCAGCGCUCCCAGGAGGGAGCACUCCACUGCAGGGCAUGGGCAGCCCAUCCCAGCUCCCACCUGCCAUGGAGGAGAGCACUGCUGGUACUGGGGAGCUCAGAGGGGAGGGUGACCUGGUGCCUGCUGUAGUGGAAGCAGGCAGCACUUCUGCCUGCACAGAUAGCAGUGCUGGAUCUGAGAGCAGCCCGUGGGAGGGAGCACCUCUGGAAAGCUGUGAGCCCCCAGUGCCCCUAGAGCAGCUGUGCCAUGGCAUGGAAGGGAUCUCACCUGCAUCCUGGGCCAAGGAGCUGGCAAAGCCAGAUGAGGAUGUAGGGUCGCUGCAGAAGCAUCAGGAGGCUGAGAAAGAAGAGAGAGGUCUCCACAGCAGCUCCGCUACAGAAGGACAGACCAGUGCCAGUGCUGAAACCCUGAGCCAGACCAGCCCUGGUGCUGAGGAGAGCUGGGAUGUGCUGUUCAACGAUGAUGGGGACUGCCUGGACCCACGCCUGCUGGAGGAGCUCUCAGGGGGUGAGAAGCACCAGGAGAGCCAGCAGUCACCCCGCUUCAACUACUAUCGGGCUGAACCUGCUGCUCCAGACAUCAGUGACGAUGAGCUGCCCCAUGUCAUCGAGAUCUACGACUUCCCCUCGGAUUUCCGCACCGAAGAUCUGAUGCGUGUCUUCUGCAGCUAUCAGAAAAAAGGCUUUGAUAUUAAGUGGGUGGAUGAUACGCACGCCCUGGGCGUCUUCUCCAGCCCCAUAACAGCACGCGAUGCCCUCAGCACCAAGCACCUGAUGGUGAAGACGCGCCCGCUGUCCCAGGGCACCCGCGCCUCUAAAGCCAAAGCCAGGGCGUAUGCUGAGUACCUGCAGCCAGCCAAGGAGCGCCCUGAAACAUCAGCUGUCCUGGCCAGGCGGCUGGUGAUUGGUGCCCUGGGGGUACGGAGCAAGCAGACACCAGCCCAGCGAGAUGCAGAGCGGAGGAAGCUGCAGGAAGCUCAAGAAAGGAAGCGCCUGGAGAACAAGCAGCGGGAGGAUGCCUGGGAGGGCCGGGACUGAGCCAGGAGGCUGCACUUUCAGCCCAUGUCCCUCUCUGCAGGCAGGCAGAGCACUCUGCGUCUCAGAGCUGGGACAGAUUCUGCACUGCAUCCAAAAGCACUGGGCUGCUUCACCGAGAGGGCUGAGCAGCAUGAGGGCUGGUUGGUGCUGUGGGGAUGCUGUUGCUGUCAGGCAGCACUGCCCACCCUGCCCAGGGCAGAGCCCCCAAGGCUGCCAGCCACAGCAGGAGCAGCAGCAGGAUGCAGGGAGCUCAGCAGAGAGCAUGGGGAGCUGUGUGGGGUGGCCCUGGCCACCUGGAAGGGCCUUGUGAGUGAGAGUUUCUGUCCUUUAUUUUGCUAAUAAAUGCCAUUUAUUUUA